AUGAAACGACGUUUGAUUUUCGUUUUCUUACUUGUGCUUCACAGUAAAACAACCUUUUGCCAGGGCUGCUUUUUCCCUGAUACCAGUACAGAUACGAGGGGAAAGAGAUGCUUCGAGCCCCAGGAGGGAAAGGCCGCAGGGUGCUGCUACGACGACCAUUACUGCCUUGACAACGGCCUUUGCCUCGAGCCGAGGGCAUUUACAAUAUACCGGGCUUCUUGUACAGACCGCACAUUUAGAGCCGACGGGUGCCCUACAGUGUGUCUGAAGCAAUCUGAGGAUGCUCAUCGAGGCGUCAAUUGGUGUCCCGUGGAAAAGAUCUGGACAUGCGAAGAUGCUGGGAUCUGCAACAAGACUAGCAUCUCAAUGGAGAGUCCAGUACAAAUCAUUAUGAAUGCUACCGCCACGGCUGAUCCUAACGGCGUCUCUAAGAGCGUCGGGAUUUCCACAAGGGCGGUAGUAGGCGUUGGAGCUGGCAUAGGGAUACCGCUGUUAAUCAGCGUUGCUGUGCUCGCGACGUUGUUGGUUCGCGAGAGAAAGAAGUCAAAAGCAGCUUUGCUGUCACAGCCAAUUCUUAUGCCAAACCAAGCUUCCUCGAAGCCUGCAAACUUGUUCGCUUCACCAGAUCGGUCUCAUUAUCAACUUCAUAGGGUAGACGGAGAGAGAACAACGGAGCUAGCAACGGAUGCAACUGUGAGGCACGAGCUGCCUCAGUGA